ACAGUCGUGUAGAAUUGUGUAUGCUCUGCGAAUAUGUAACAGGAAAAUAAAGGGAUUGCUCUAAUCUACUACCCAUUUCAGUUAUGGCGCUUGCCCCUGGUUUUAGUACUUUGAAGCGAGGAAGUGUUCAGUUACAACGAGCUGCCAGAGUGGUUAAUGAACAAUUUGGAUCCAGGCAAGUUCUAGCUGUAUUUGUUCUUACGGGGUUCAUAUUAUGUGGUGUAGUGGAACAAAGUGCAUCCGUCGCUCUGAGGGCUAAUAGCACUUCUUCUUAUUCCGCUGAAGAAUUUGCUGAAUAUGUUGAGAACACCAGCUACAUCACCAGGUACUGUCAACCGCCCGCUCAAAAAGACGGAGAUGAAAAUAGCACCAUCGAAGUUUACGUUCAUGUUGUACGAUCUAUUCCUCAUAUCGAAAUUCCUAUGACUAGAACUGAUGAAACCGAGGCAGUUUUAAGACAGGCGUUCAUGUGGGGUACCUUCGUAUCUCCACUAGCCGCCAGUAGAAUCGCCGCUCGUGUAGGUGCCGAGCGACUCUUUGGUGCUGGUGUUUUGGGCACUGGGGUGGUAGCAGUGAUGGUACCUGCGUCUUGGUUAACGGCUGGACACGUGACUAUUCGUUUAAUACAAGGAGUAUUCAUGGGUGCUACUUGGCCAGCUGCCCAUAUGCUUGCAGUGACUUGGAUUAAGCCAAAACAUUUGAGCAGCUUUGUUUCACUAUAUUCGGCCGUGAAUCUGGGCUAUUCAGUAGUUGGAAUUUUGGGUACCUUGUUGGUCAGGAAAGUGGGCAGAGACUGGCUUAGCUAUGUAAUUGCGCUAUCUGCAUCAGUUUGGUACUUCCUGUGGUGGAGGUUCGUCGAAGAAUCAUUGAAUCCCAACUACCCCAAAAGGGAUGAACACAGAGAUUUACCGUGGAGAAGAUUGCUGUUCUCGAAACCCGCAUGGGCCUGCGGAAUUGCGGUGGUGGGGAGUCAGUGGGCGGAUGCCACUUUAAUGCUUGGGGUAACCAAGUAUCUCAAACUUGUAUAUGGAUUCUCCAUAGAAUACGAAGAUAUACUUCAAUCCUUACCGCACAUUGGUCACUUCUUCACAGCUAUAACUUUUGGUACGGUGGUUGACCAUGUGCGUGAGUCCGGUAUUGUAUCCACAACAACAGCAAGAAAGCUAUUUGUCUAUAUGUCCCACUUUCCUCCUGCUGCGUUGAUGUUCAUCCUGGGAUAUACGGGAUGCGAUCCCGCAGCCCCCGCUGCUCUCUACACAGCCGCUCUCGCUAUGACGGGUGCCACGCCUGCAGGAGUGUUUGCCAGUGCGGCUGAUAUUGCUCCUAAUUUUGCAGGGACCGUAUUUGGACUCUGUCAGACUGUUGGUGCUGCUGGUCUGCUAGCCGCCAAUUAUGUGGUAUCCGAGGGGUUGCAUGGAUCGUUCGCAGGGUGGUGGCGCUUGGUAUUCGGCUCGUCAACCGCAAUCCUUCUCUUUACUGCCAUUUUCUUUAUGAUUUGGGGCAGUGGAUCGGUCCAAGAUUGGAACGAGUCUCAGAAAGAAGUUAUAGAACUGGAACCAGUUGAAGAACCUUCUAGAUUAGAAUCUGUUCUCGAAUAGUGUCUUGACAAUUUGUAAUAUAUUUAGAUUUUUUUGGUUUUCGCAAAGUUUUUCUGCAGUUUCACAUAAAUAUUUUUGGGCAUGGAAACAAAUACAUAUUUUUCAAUUAAAUAUAUUGGUCAUUAGUUAUCAGGAAUUUGAGGAAGUGCCAACACAUCGUGAAGGUGACUUCCAUAUAUGCAUCCGAAAUAUCAUUGCAAAAAAACUUUCCUUUACCAGUCGAAAUUAUAACAACAUAAAGAAAAUUUAAAAACAAUCACUGGAUUAAAUUGCCUGUUUCAAUGAAUUGUUUUAAAAAAUAAUUACAAAUAUUUUUGAAGUCCUUUCUUUCUAAAUUACAUACUUAAUCCGUAUUUUUCUAAAACUUGCUGGUUUCUAAUAAUUAUUAUUAAACAAGUUCCUCUAUUGUGUUGGUUAUAAACUCACGUUCGGUAAAGGUUUUAAACAACAACUUCUGCGCACUUUAGCUAUUUUAACAAUCGUUCCCGAAAGUUGUGCAUUUCUAAGAAAAUCCCACCUUUAUUUACUCUGCAAAUAAUGUUGUUUGUACGCUAUCAAUUUCGUCUUACAAGGUUUGCAGUUGGGAAAUAAUAAA